AUGAAAACAAGAAUAACCUACCUCCAACCACGCAGUUCGCCAUUCAGCGCCGAACAAGCCAUCCUCGAGAAAGAGGCACUCCGGAUUCGGGAGCUGGAGGCGGCGAAGGAGGUGAGGGUUACGGUUGGUGGGGAUGAGACUGGGGAUGAGUUGGUGAGGGAUGUUUUGAACAGUGCACGCGAGAUUCAUAUCCGAUGGGCGAAUGCUGGAGCUGGGACGGGGUUGAAAGUCGAUCCGUUUGGGAGUCGUGUUUCGGCGGGGUUGCAUGUUGGAUAUACCCCUCGGGAUGGUCUGGAGGGAAGUGAAGAGAAAGGGGAAGGAAUCUGUCGCCUCUUACGCCAGCUAUUUGAUAAAAUCAUCCAGUGUGAGAAUUACACGGAAUCAUUUACCUCCCAAUCCUCCACAUACCAAUUCUAUACUGCCCUGCCGGAACAUACCCUAAAUGAAUACAUCACAAACAUCUGUCGUGGGGACGGCCCCUGCGCAACAGCCGGAUGGGACCGCGCGGAUUCGAUCGAUCUCGAUUACGAUGUGGUAUCUGGUACCCUAAUCGUCUCUGGAUACUGGAGCCAGCCAGACAAUGCAGAUGGGUGGACGGAGGAGAUCCGCGCGCCUAGCAAUAACCGUGACCGGGUAGAGGUGGGAUUACUUGGGACGGAGAAAGCAGUCGAGGCAGAGGAGAUCAAAAUGGGUGGAUUGCUAGGCGUUGUCGGGGUUGAUGAAGCCCUAAAACCCACGCUGUUUUCUUUCCCCUCCAGACACCAUGUCCUCCCUCCUCAGGCUACCUUCUCUGUCUCCUUCCCCCAGCCCACCGGCAUGCACCCCACCAUGACCAUCUCGCUGUCCCCCGCCGCCUUGGAGUAUCCCGCGGCCCCUGAGGAUACCACCUGCGCGCUGCACGCGUAUCUGACGCUGCCGUCGUACAUCUUCGGCGACAAGUAUCAACUGUCCACGACCGAUCCGCUCUUCCUGGACUCGCAUCAUCUGGUGGCUCUGCGGGCCGUGAGCGGGGCCACGGAUCUAGAAGCCCCCGAUUGGUUCGUGUCGCACUGGGGCUCGAACUGGUUGCUCGAGCUGGCGACCCCGACGGACCUCCCCGAGGAGUGGAACGUCACCGUCCCCCUGCAUCUGCGGUAUCUCCGGCCGUCGGAGACCGGGUACCGCACGGCCGGGGUGCCGUGGCCCGUGGUCUUCUGGGCCUGCACGGCAGAAGGGGGUACCAAAAUGGGGGUCAACCCAUUUGAUCGCAUCCAUCUGGGCUGGGAUGGCCUGUUCGGCCCCCGCACCAUGUUCUACCAGGUGAAUCCCGACGGAGCGACAGCCCGCCGUGUGGAAGAUCUGGAUGUGCCGGUGCUCCAUUUAGACAAGGAUGGGAUCUUCCACAGCAAGGCCGUGGAACUAGGCACAGUGGCUGCCAUCAUCCUCGGGCUGCUAUGGGUGCUAUGGAAGCUGGGCGUGGUAGCGCGAUCCGGCAGCCCGAGGCCCACCAAGGAGAAGAAAUCACAGUAA